CAUUCCUGCACCAGUCCUUAACAAGUGCAUUAGAUAACUAUGGCGUCGCUGGAGGCCCAGAUUAAGAAGCAAGUGGAGUUCUACUUCUCCGACAGUAACUUCCGUCGCGACCGCUUCUUGCGUGAGGAGACCAAGAAGCACGAGGGCGGCUAUGUGCCGUUCAGUGUGCUCUUCACCUUCAAGAAGCUGGCGGCGCUCACUGUGGAUGGUGCUGUGCUGCAGGCUGCCAUCGCCGACUCUGACGUCGUGGAGCUCAAUGAGGCUAAGAACGCGCUGCGCCGCAAGAACCCGUUGCCCGAGACGGACGACGGCCCCGAUCGCACCAUCGUGCUCGCUGGACUGGGCAAGGCUCUGCCCACGAUCGACGAGAUUAAAGAAGGCCUGAAGUCGCUGAACGUGGAGCUUCUCUUCAUUGACCGCAAGAGCUACCGUCGCAACUUCUCCGGUGUGGUCCACGUGGAACUUAAGGACAAGGAUGCCGUGCAGCGCGCUGUGGACUCGGCGGCCUCGCUGAGCAUCAAUGGCUACGUUCCUAACGUCAUCUCCAAGGUAGACUACCUGAAGCUGUCCGAUGACGACCAGGUUGAGUUUGACAAGGCUACCAACGCUAUGCUCGUGGCCAAGGACGUGCCAAACAAGCCCGUGACUUUCUUCCUGGACGAGUUGUUGCCUAUCUGGAAGGACGACGCCAAGCUGCGCGCCCGUGUACGUUACUUCGAGGGCCCCAAGGAGCUCUAUCUGCUGUUCUCGCAAGUGGCAUUCGCUGAGAAGGUGUUGAAGGCUCUCUCAGAAGAUUUACCGGUUGUUGUGGACGAGACGAAGCUGACAUUUGAGCUGGUCACCGACAAGGAAGCCAUCAAGGCUCGUCCUCGUCGCCCCCACAACGACAAGGACGACAAGAACGCGAACAAGAAGCGUAAGCGCGACGACGAGAAGGUCAUUCACAUCUCCAACAUUGGUCCUCGCACACGCAUGGACGACAUUAAGCAGCUCCUUGCUACUGUCAUUGACCCGACAACGCAGUCGCCGUACGUCGAAUACGAUGGCCUGGACACAGCUUCAUUCAGAAUUAGCGUUGCUGAGGCCACGUCAGUGUUUGAGAAGCUGUCGGCGCUUUCGGGACCGGAACUUGGCGGCAAGAAGGUGUCGUUCCACUUACUGGAUGUGGAUGAGGAGCUGAAGGUCGACGUCCAGUACGACGAAGGUCUGAUUGUGCGUUUCAACGAGGUUGACGGCGAGGUGUCGCGCGAUGACAUUAAGAACACGAUCAACGAGAAGCUUGGCGACAAGUCUGCCGAUGGUGCUGGUGUUGCCUUCAUCCAGUACCAGAUUAACGACAAGGAUGGGUACCUUCGUGUCACUAACGCUGAUCUCGCGAAGGAGGUUGUUGAAAUGUUCGCGGACGGUGGACUGGAAGUGAAUGGCGUGAAGAUCCCUAAGGCUGCUGUUAUUGAGGGUGAAGAGGAGAAGAAGUUCUGGGAAGACGCUCGUUCGGCUCGCUACAAGCGCUUCAAGCAGUCCCGGUCGAACCGUAACCAACACCGUGGAGGACGCGGUGGCCGAGGUGGCCGAGGUGGCCGUGGAGGACGUGGUGGCCGUGGUCGUCGCCACUAG